AUGCAGCCACCCGCCACCGCCCCCAGCCGGGCUGUCGUUACACCCGAGCAGCAAAGGGCCAUCGACGCGAAGCUGCAGCAAGUGCUGCGGCUUCCUGGAAAUGACAGCUGCGCAGACUGUGGGGCCAAACACCCCCGCUGGGCCUCCGUCAACUUGGGAGUGGUGAUCUGCUUGGAGUGCAGCGGCGUCCACAGAAAGAUGGGAGUCCACAUCAGCAAAGUCAAAAGUGUGACUCUCGACAGGUGGACCAUGCAGUGGGUCAAGACACUGGAAGCAAUUGGAAAUGAAGUGGGAAGAAGUUAUUAUGAACAUUCCCUGCCGGCGGAUUUCAAAAGGCCCACCCGCGCAGACGACCCGCAGACAAUAGAAAAUUGGAUUCGAACGAAAUACGAACGAAAGAAUUAUUCGCCGCGAGAUGUUCCCGAGCCCUGGGCGGCGGUGGCCGAGGGCAAAGACCCCCGGACGCUUUUGCCUUCUGCGGCUCCUCACAAGAAAGAAAAGAGCAAAAAGCAGCAAAGCGGGGACUCGAAGAAACAUAAUGCAGCCCCCGCCCCUGCAGUUCCCUCUACUGACGCCUGGCUUCUGACUGAGCCCGAGGACUUCGCAGUUUUCAAUCCUGAUGCUCCUGCAGCAGGCUCUGCUGCUGCUGCUGCUGCACCUGCUGCUGCAGGAAGCACAGCAGCAGCAGCAGCAGCAGCGCCGCAGCUGAGUGCCACAGACCAGCGAGUCCAGGCAGCCAAAGCCACCAUUGCCCGUCUCUAUGCUGCUCCGAACCAAUUUGGCUUCGGCACUCUCUCGCAGCCGCCAGUUCAGCCGCAGGGGUUAGAGAGUUUGUCCUUCUUCAACACCCCACAGCAGCAGCAGCAGCAGCAGCAGCAGCAGCAGCAGCAGCCGUCGCUGGGAGCAGCGGGCACAGCAGACUGGGCGAUUUGGGGGUCUGCCGGUACGGCCUUUGGAGCAGCAGCAACACCAGCAGCAGCAGCAGCAGCAGCAGCAGCAGCAGCGCCUGCGUGGCCUCAGAGCUUCGGCGCAGCAGCAAGUCCUUCAAACUUACCUGGUUCCUUCAUGAGUGGCUCUUCUUCGUUUGCUGCUCUUUCUCCUUCCUUCUGUGCACCAGCUGCUGCUGCUGCGCCUCCUGCUGCUGGCUCUGCUGCUGCUGCUGCACAGCAGCAGCUGCCGCGCCCUGCACCAACAACACCAGCAGCAGCAGCAGCAGCAGCAGACCCGUGGGCUGCAUGCGGCACUCGCUUGAGCGGCCAGGCAGCAUACAGCCCUUCACAAAUUAGCUUGGGGGAGAGCAGCAAACAACAAACUGCCGAUGCCCACGCUGCCUUGAGUGCCUUGGACGCAUUUGCGUUGGCCAAGAAGGUGCAGCAGCCGCCGGCUAGAGCAGCAACAGCAGCAGCAGCAGCAGGGUCCAAGGAUGCCCGAGGACAAGAGCAGCAGCAGCAGCAGCAGCAGCAGCAGCAGCAGCCGCAGCAGGUCGUUGCCUCCGCCGCUCCUGUGUCAAUGCAGCAGCAGGAGCCCCUGCUGCUCAUAUAG